GUGCGUGCUGAGGCGUCCGCGGGAUUCUGUGAGUGGCGGCGCGUAUAGCGUAGGGGGAGUCGCUGUGUCUCGUCUCUGAGAGCGCGUCGUCUUCAAGAAACUCGGAAAAAAAAGUUGUGAUUUGUUGAUAUCGCUUGGGGGUGUCGAGGCAUAUCUAAAAAAUAAUAAAGAGGAUUGUGUGUUUCCCGAAAGAGCGAUGGUGACCCUCGUGGGAAGGAGUGUGUGUUACAAGAAGAAGGGAGUAGCGAAGGAACGGCAAUAAGAAGAAGCUUACGAGGAACACCGAAGACCGCGUCCAGGGGUCCGGUCCCCCCCCCCUCACCCCCACCCCCCCGCGUAAUGGCCCCCGGCACCCUGCUCUGCACACGCUGGUAGUUCUCACAAACCGCCAAAAUGCCGGGCAACGUGCGAAAUACCGGGCAGAAUGACUCGCACAGACCGCCCAUCACCGCUGCCUCCCGCACCAAAUCCCUCGACUGCCUGGCCGACAAAUCUGAGAAAGCAAGUGAGUAUGUUCCUUCGAGGAUCACGAGGACGCAGCCCAAGAUCAAGACGGAUGCUAUGCAGUUCGUAAAGCCUCCUUCAAACUUUGCACACAAUCGGUGGCAGCGCUCUCAGACCGGGCCGGCAGGACUGUACAAGUCGGCGACGGAGCAGAUCAAGAAGGCCGAAGCCGUGAAGGCGAUGAGGAAGCACCUGAUCGCCGAGGAAGAGGACUGGCAGCAGCAGCCCUCCUCCUCCUCCCAGUCCAAGAGCCCCUACGACGAGGACACAGAUUGGCAGACGAACUUGGACAAAUGGAAAAGCUCCCGGAGAAAGCGGAACGAGGACGCGCUCGAGAGAGUCAUCGAGAUCAAGAAGAACGAGCAGGAGGAGGAGCUGAACCGAACGCGGCGCAAGAGCAAGACCUUCAGCGAAAUGCAGGAGGAUAAGACCAAAAGAGGUCGAAGGUACAACCUUGUGGUGCAUGACGAUGACAACAAUGACCUGGCUGACCUCGGGCUGUCCACAGUCAAGAGCAGCAGUUCCCUCUUCGACGGGCAGGAGGACAACGACGUCAAGGACCUGGACCAGGACAACAAGGACGCCAAGAGCGACGCAGGAUUCUGCACGGGCUCGGACACGGGCAGCGACGGGGUGUUCGCCGAGGACAACAUCAGCGACACGUCUUCGGCACUCGGAGACAAGAAAGAAACUCAUGAUUCGCUUCUGGAUACUGGAGUUUCAAAGGAAGAGGAGCCGAGGAUCAACGGACACGGAUCCAGCCUGACUUCGGACAUUCUCAAUACCAACAAUGCAAACUUGUAUACAGAGGAGUACACCUACGACAAAGCCAUUGAGGGAUAUAAGCAGUAUGCAGAGAAUACUGCCAAGAAGCGCACGUCCAGCAUCACAAGUCUGAACAGUAACACGAGCUUCACGAAGGAGGAGGAGAGGAAGGACGAACGUCCUCGCCUCAACGGGCGCUCUCCAAGCCCUGCCAAGAGCAACAAGCUGGAGGAGAAGCUCAACUUCUUCACGAAGGAGAUGGUCAAGGAGUCUCGCACGAGCCCUGAGCCCAGAGUCAUCAUGCGAGAGAAGUCACCCAAAGUUGAUGUCGGGAAGAGAAGAUCCAUGUUCGAGAUGGGCGAGCCGCUGAUCAGCCAGAGUGAAAGAGAGCAGAAGCAGGCCAACAGGAGGUCUCUGGAAGUACCUGGAUCUCUGCGGAACAAGGUUGCCUCGUUCGAAAACCUGGAUAUGGACACCCCGAAAGUUCGAGGAAUGACUCCAAACAUUGAGACGAACUUGAAGAGUAAAGUCAAAUCAUUUGAGAACCUUGACACAGAGACAACCAAGGUCCGAGGGGUUACACCCACCAGGGACACCAAAUUCCGCGAGAAACUAGCAUCAUUCGCAGCUGCUGACACCGAAUCUCAGACAGUCAGAAAGAAGACUCCGGAAAGAGACGUCAACUUCCACAAGAAACUCGCAUCCUUCACAAGCAUCGAAAACGGUGAAGAAGAAAAGUGCGUUGAGAGGAAGACCAUACCUCUGCGCGACCCAACACUGAGAAACAAGAUUGCUUCUUUCGAGCAGCUGGAGCAGGCUGCUGAAGCAUAUCCUCAGCCUCCACGUGAAGAACCGGUGAAAAAUAGGGACCGGUCUAUCAGCCUGGAAAACCUGGACGAACCACCGCCGGUCAAGGAGGUAAUGCGGCCUGCAGUUUCAAUGGGCAACAUGGGGCUCAUGAGACGGGCUCCCUCGACCCCAUACAUGGUGGUGGAUCUAGACAAAUCUGGGGUCGAGGAGGAAUCUUGUAUCAGGGAAAAGAGACCUGUGGUGAGUGAUGAGCAAGAAUCAGCCGGUGCUCGGGACCAAGCCAAGCGCUCUACCAUCUACGAAACUAUAGAGAAGUGCCAAGUGGUUCGUGACGUUGAGUCUGCUCCAAUGUUUUCCAUUUUCCAGUACCUCAGCCCAGAGGUGAAUGCCCAAGUCUUUGAGAUUGCCUCAAAGCUAGAGGAAACUCCUCUCUUGGGCUCACCCACCCUCAGAGACCCCUCCGUCCCCCUGCCAGAGCCUCCCGUGCAGGAACAGGACUCUUUCGAAGGAGCUAAACCCUAUACUGAUGAAGAUAUUAAUGAGGUUAUCAGUGAUUAUGAACAAGUUGGCAGUGUUUAUGAAGAAGCUUCUGAGCAUGUUGAAAAUAUAUAUGAGAAUAUCACAGAGGAACCUGUGUAUGAAAACAUAUAUGAAAAGGUUGGUGAUGAAAUCCAGGGCGAGAUUGAGGAGCCAAUGAAUGAACCUCACUACCAGACCCUAGAGGAGGUAAGGGAGGAGGUUAGUGCAAGCGUGGAGCUAGCACCCGUUCCACCAUCGCCUCCUCAACAGGUUGCAUCGAAGCCACCGCCCGUCAUUGAGCCUCCAGAGGUGCUAGACGUGACGUGGACGGACGGCCCCUCCCAGGCGGCCCCACCCUGCGUGCCCCCUCCCCCCCCUCCCCCUGAUGACGAUUCUGACGACGAUGCAUCAGAUCAGCCACAGGGUCUUCCAGAGCAGGCGGAGGAUGAGCCUUUUACCCGGGAGAACUCGACCCGGCGCAUCAAGAAGGAACUCUGGAGAAGGAGGUCAGACUUCUUGGGCACUUCAUCCCAAUACAUUGAAGAAGAACCAACCGUUAAGCCUCCCCCAGACCUCAGUGAGCUUCUGAGGCAGGAGCGUGAGGCAGAACGCAUCAUGGCAGAGUCGCAGCGUGCCAGGACUCCCAUCCAAGAGACACUAAGCAAAGCCGAAAUUGCCCGCCGUGAGAGGGAAAUAAUUGAAAGUCUUGAGCGCUCAGAGCAGCUGAAGCAGCAGCAACAGCAACAGUCACAGUAUACUUGGCAAGAUCACAUGGCUGAGGAAACAACAAUGACAGAGGAACAAAAGCAAUUAAGUGAACACUUAGAGUACCAGGUGGCCCAGACUGAGUCAACGUCCUCAGAAUCGGAUAUAGACAUCAAGGUUGCCACAAAUGUCCCUGUAACCUUUGCUAACAUCCCCACAACCCCUCAAUCCAUUAUGGACGCUAAAGAACCGGAGACCAUGGAAACGAGUUCUCAAAGUCCUGAUGAAAUUUUUGAAGCCCUUCCCAUUUCCUCUAAAGAUACUGUUGACAGUGUGGAAACAGAAGCAGAAAUGCUUGAAACCCAUGUCAUUGAGCCAAAUACUACUAUUGCUAAAGUUGUUCCAACUCAAACCCAAAUGGAAGUUGAAGCAGAAAAUAAUGUGCAACCUGAAUCUAGCCAGCAGUACACAGAUCUCUUGGAGUCCCACUACAGUACUCUGGACUACAGUAGCGACUCAGUUGCUUCAACUGGCUCACAUCCUGACCCGUAUAAGAAAUUGGCUGAACUGGAGGAGGAAAUGAUGAGGCAUGACCAGGACAUGCUUCAACGCGCAGGCAAGCUGGCACCAGCCUCUACAACCAGCACUGAUGCCCAGCCUGCCCAUAUCCCUCCCCCUACCAUGUAUGCCUCCCAAGAAGGAGCACCUGUGCCUUCACCACAGGCACCUGAGACAGCUGAAAACAACAGUUACAACAAUUACCAGCCACCAACACCACAGUUUCCCAUCCAGGAAUUCUACACAGCCCCCACGUAUGAGCCAACACCGCCCAGCAGCCUGGCACCAGCUGAGGGAAUGGCCAGCCCAGGACAGAAAGCAGUGUCUCCCCCUGCUGGAUCACCCUCUCAGUACAGCACACUGGCCUCUCCCCACCCAUUCACCCGGUCUCACUCCCAGUCCAGCAUUGGGGCUCCACCCAUUCACCCUCCUCUUCAGGGUAUCAGGUCAUCCCCCACAGGCUCUCCCCGUGAUCCCGCUCCAGAGCCCCUUCCCAGGAAGAAGAAGUUGCCGCCACCUCCCCCCAGCAAGCCCCACCAAAUUCCUGGAGAUUCUACCGAACGUUCUGAAGCAAUAAGAUUGAGCCGAAUGCCCACAAGCAACACCACCAGUGUCUCACCCCAGCAGCAGGAAAACCAAGGAGAGGCUGUUUCCCCAUCAGGUCAGCAGAUGUCCAAACAGACUCUCCUAGCGCUCUCUGCCAUCCCCAAGCCUCGCCUCACAGACAAUGAAAGCUGGAUCACCAAGAAGAAACCAGAGUCACAAAGAAGAGAUUACAGUAAACAUUGGCUUCACCAGGAGGCAGAACAGAGAAGACUGGAGCAGCAGGACAGAGUCAACCGCCAGCAACAGGCGCGUGCACCAGCAGCAAAGCCUCUGCCACCUCAGUCAGUCUCCCCUCAGCAUCCACCUAACCCACAGACCACCAGCUACCUUCCUAAUUACCCACCUCAGAAUGCAAGUCCUACCUACUCCAGCUACCCUCAAGCCCUCAAGAACGCAUCACCAGUCCACAGCAAUAACAACAACAACAAUAACAACAUGUGGAGAAAUCAAGCCACAACAUAUCAGCCUCUCAUGCCCACACAGGCCCCUAAUGGUGACAAAGCUCUUCCAGACUCCAUUAUCCAUAACAUAACACAGAGAGUCAAUAAUAAAAACAGCAAGAAUACCUACUCCAAUACUAACGGAAGACUAGGAAACACCUACGGCAAUAACAAUUACCGUGAUGAGAAUUAUCACGAUUACAUGAAUGCCGAUGCCUUAAGUGCGCCUUCCACCCACACUCCCCUCUACCAGUCUGGCAUGGGGCAAAGCCAGCAGCCUCCAUUCAACUCUCAGUCACAGGACCAUUCGAGUGGACAAGAUCAGAGGCUGCUCAGUGUCUCGGGGAAAAAGAAGUGUUCGCAUUGCGCAGAGGAACUAGGUCGAGGAGCUGCAAUGAUCAUUGAGAGUUUGCGACUCUUCUAUCAUAUUCCUUGCUUCAAGUGUUGUGUGUGUGGCAUACAAUUAGGCAAUGGGUCAGCAGGUGCUGAUGUGCGAGUACGCAAUCACAAGCUGCACUGCCAUAACUGUUACUCAAACGAUGAAGGAAUGAAAUUCAGCAAGGUAUAGUUCUGAGCUAGGAAAAAAAAAAAAAAAGGAAAAUAAAGAAAAGAAAAGCAAAGUUGUCUCUGGUGCCAAAACUUUGGUUCAUGUCGUGAGUUCACUACUUCAAGACAUGUCUCAAGGAAUUAUUAUAUGGAUUACAUUAGUUUUGUUUUUUUGUGUGUAUUUUAAUUUAGGUGAUUCAUAGUUUAGUAACAAUUGUAUAGUUUUAUCCCCAUUUUUUAUCAUAUGUUUGCUAAUAUCUAUUUUUUUUUCUUUUGUUUUAUUUUUUUUUUUUAAUGUUAUGUACAAUUGUGUUAAUAUAACAACCAGACUGUGUUGAUGUGUAUAUGAAAGGUGAAAAUCUGUAGAUCCUGUGAAUGGUUGAGACUUAGUAAGAUCUAGUUGCAGAUAGAUCUUGUAAAAGUUUAUUAAGGCUUUUUGUUGAUACAUAGUUAUAUGUAGGCAGCUAGAAAUUCUACUUAAUUUAUAAAAAAAGAACAAUUUGCACAAUCAAAUGAAUAUUAUGUUAAACAUUAAUAACUUGUAAAUUAUAUAUUGUAAAUAUUAGUUUAGUCAUAAAACAGUCAUUAUGAGUAGGAAGAAUAACUGCCAGGUGAUUUUUUUUUUUACAAAUUAAUAAUUAUUAUAACUGAAGGGUUCUUUAUAAAUGAAUCUUGUAUAUUGAUUAUGUAAGCUUGUAAUUAAAGCAAGUACUUUUCA